GAACAGUGAGGUGAGUGUAUGGGUUGGUUGAUUGGCUCUUGCCAAAUUUAUAAUCACGGAAAUGCUUCUCUUCGACGAAACCCUCACCAUUUGUUUUCUCAAUGCAUCAUCAAUAAGACGCGUCGGCUUUUGACUUUUCCUGAUUCGUCUGAGCAAGACGGCGCUGAUUCUGAGUUUGUGGAGGUUGACCCCACCAGUCGAUAUGGUCGGUACAAGGAGGUUUUGGGGCAGGGGGCUUUCAAGAAGGUAUAUAGAGCAUUUGAUGAAUUGGAAGGAAUUGAAGUGGCUUGGAAUCAGGUUAAGGUGGCAGAUCUAUUGCGUAACAACGAAGAUUUGGAGCGCCUAUAUUCAGAAGUGCAUUUACUGAAGACGUUGAAGCAUAAAAAUAUAAUUAAAUUUUACAAUUCAUGGGUUGAUACAAAGAAUGAGAACAUCAACUUCAUCACUGAAAUUUUCACGUCUGGAACAUUACGCCAAUAUCGGCAGAAACAUAAGCAUGUUGACUUGAGAGCACUGAAGAAAUGGUCUAGGCAGAUUUUGGAGGGUCUUUCUUAUCUUCAUAGUCAUGAUCCGCCUGUUAUUCACCGAGAUUUGAAGUGUGACAAUAUUUUUGUCAAUGGAAAUCAUGGUGAGGUUAAAAUUGGUGACUUAGGAUUAGCUGCCAUACUUCAGCAGGCCAAUUCAGCUCACAGUGUUAUAGGUACUCCAGAGUUUAUGGCCCCCGAGCUUUAUGAAGAGGAAUACAAUGAACUUGUUGACAUCUAUGCUUUUGGUAUGUGCUUGCUUGAGUUAGUGACUGUUGAGUAUCCAUAUGUUGAAUGCUCUAAUGCUGCUCAAAUAUUCAAGAAAGUGACAUCUGGAAUCAAGCCAGCAUCACUGUCAAAAGUCAAAGACCCUGGAGUUAAAGCAUUUAUAGAAAAGUGUAUUGCAAAUGUUUCUGAGCGGUUGCCUGCAAAGGAACUCUUAAUGGAUCCAUUUCUUUUGCCUGAUGAUGAAAAUGACAGUGUAGGUCAUUCUUUAAGGUCCCGAGCCCAUGAUUUAGGAUAUAGUGACCAUCAUGCUGUUCAUAAUUAUCUGGAAGAAACUUCUGCCGAGACCAGUAGGGAAUUUAGAGUAGAAGGUCAAAGGAGAGAUGUUAAUACUAUAUUUCUGAAACUAAGAAUAGCAGACUCCUCAGGUCAUAUUCGCAACAUCCACUUUCCUUUUGAUGUUGAAGCAGACACUGCAAUUGCUGUUGCUAGUGAAAUGGUUGAGGAGUUGGAACUCACGGAUCAAGAUGUUACUACUGUUGCUGAGAUGAUUGACUUGGAAAUCCGCUAUCUCAUUCCAGAUUGGAAUCCUAAUGAAACCCCUACUGCUGAUAGCAUUGGUCAAGAAUUAGCAGUUUCAGGUGUCUAUACCUCUGAAAUUAGGGAUGAGGCUUCUCCACGGGGAAAUAGUUCUACAGCUUCUACUGGUAGUCUCUCAUUAGAACGAUUACGUUCAGGUCGUAACUACUGGUCUGACUCACCCAAAACAGGUAAAAACUCUCCAUUAAGGGUUGGUGCUUCAAAAUUGUCAUGUCAAUCGGAUUUGAAUGCUGAAGGAACCUCAAUUGCAAACCAUGCUACUUCAACUGAGCAGCAGGAUGGAAACUGUAGUUGUGAUGGUGAUGAUAGUGUAGAGAAUAAAUCUAGUGGGACUGUUGGUUCCCAUUCCAGUGAACGAAGUACUAAAUCUGGGGAUUUACAGGCAACCAAUGAAGAGUCCCCACUAGUAGAAAGACCUAUAGAAUUGAGAGAUGAUGAAUUAGAUGAUAUCACCAUAAUUGCUGCAAAACUCAAGCAAUUGUUGGUAGAGCAACAAGAGGAGUUAGAUGAAUUAAAGAGGAAACAUGAAUUAAUUGUCUCAAAUUUUUUGAAGGAACUUCCUCUAGAAAUUCAACAAAAGGUCUUAAAUAUAUGCAACCUGGAGGCAUCUAAUUUACGGUAAGAGUUGAGGCCCUUUUCUUAUCCAGAAAGCCAAAAUUCAGAUAUUUUUGCAUCUUAUUGGGAAUGAAGGUCUAUUUAACAUCAAUAUUUUGGCUUCAUCAUUCAUCCUUGCUUGAGAGGCACCCCUUGUGCUAAUUGGGAUUGCUUGAGUGAUCUUGGUGUGAUGUUAGAAGACAAUGCGGACAGUAUUAUAAAUUGGAGAUAUCUAGUUGAGGGAAUGUUUAGUGCAUUGUGUUCAGUUUGAAGGAUCCAAUGCAAGAACUGUAUUAAUCCGAGGAGCACUAGGUAUAGGCAAGAAUUCACCAGCAUUAGACAGAUUUCUUCAUAUUCGUUAAAUCAUCAAAAUCUCACUUUUUAGUCUAGUUCGAGUCAUUAAAUUAUAGGAAGUGUUUACAUGUACAUAAAAGAUCAUUUACAAUUGUUUUGCACACAUGGAUUUGGGGCUUUGAAAUGAAUAAUUAAAUAUUUUCUUCUGAUGAAA